AACAUGAACCAGAACACGUGGUCAGCGUAUGGAGCUAUGCCUGACUUGAACCGCCUCACAGUGCAGGACCUUGCGUCAAUGUGGCAUCAACUGACCGUACGACCCAACGUGCUCCAGCGACCAACUCACCUGCCUAGCACUCUCAACAGGGCACCUACCACUCCAGCUUCUCCCCACAUGGGCCAAAGCUUGACUCGUCACUGGGGAGCCAUGAGUUCUCUAGUCACUCCCUACAACAGUCCUGUGGAGCCAAAGGACUCCCCUUUAUGCGAGGAACCUUCCUGUAAAAAUAAACCGAAACGUUUCACUGUUACACCUGCUUACGUUGAUAAUGAUGUUUUUUGAAACAGUCUUUCCACUACCAAAGCAUAGAUGAAUUCAUUCUGUCAUAAUGUUUAUUU